AACUUAUUUUGUACAGAUUAAAUUCUGAUUUUCUAAAUAUCAGCCAAUUCUUAGUUGUGAAGUGCCGUGAGCAUAACAGGUCCGCCAUGUAAUGACGUCAUGAACUAAUCCCACCCCUAAAUGUGUGGGAUUUAUGGUGCAUUCAGAGGCAUGUAGGAAACGAGGAGAACUUUGAAUAAAUACUGAAUUACUUAGAAACAAAAAUAUAUAAAACGCCAAACGACGCAGCAAACUGGAGUCGGACCCAUUCCUACACACAUCUCUGAGUAUCAACACAUCCUCCCGACUGUCUCAAACCCAGAGAUAUGAAGGAUGUUUGAGCUCACAGUUUUUCUGCAUCUUCAAGUCAACAGGAUGACAUGAUUGUCACAUCACUGGUUCAUUCAUAGCUGUCUGAAAACCUGCAGCGUUGCAGUAGCAAACUUUCAAGUCAAAAUUUCAUCACUUGCUUGCUGCUGGCCUACCAAGUUGAGAUGCCUUGGCCGUUUUCGGAAUCGAUCAAGAAACGGGCUUGUAGGUACCUCCUGCACCGGUACCUAGGAAACUUCCUGCAGGAAAAACUGAGCUUGGAACAACUCAGUCUUGAUCUUUAUCAAGGCACUGGGUCUCUUGCGCAAGUUCCUUUGGACAAAUGGUCCCUUAAUGAGCUGCUGGAGACCUCAGAUGCUCCUUUUGAAGUCAUCACAGGCUUCAUCCAGACAAUUUCUCUGACCGUCCCAUGGGCAGCACUGCUGCAAGAAAACUGUGCCCUAGAGGUCAAAGGUUUGGAGAUGGUGCUCCGACCAAGACCAAGAGCAGCAUCUGGUGUUGAGCCCAUGUACUGGUCUAGUUUCAUGACCAGCAGCAUGCAGCUCGCCAAGGAGUGUCUCAGUCAGAAGCUCACCGAUGAUAUGGGGGAAAGCUUUCAGCCGUUUGAGGGAUUAGAAAAGUUCGCAGAGACAAUAGAAACUGUUCUGAGAAGAGUCAAAGUGACAUUUUUGGACACGGUUCUCAGAGUCGAACACGUUCCAGAAAACUCUAAAACCGGAUUUGUUCUUGAGGUUCGAAUCAGCAGGAUUGUGUACUGCGAUGAAACGGGUGAAGAGAGUCCGAGUGUUAACGUGCAUCAGCCGACCUCCUUCGCACAUAAAAAGAUGCAAAUGGAAGGAAUCACUGUAUUCUGGGACGAGUUUUCUGACGCUUCACAUGGUUGCAGAUCCUCACCCACUCCUUCGGAAACUGAACCAAAACUCUCACCGAGCUGGAAUCCAAAAAUAAUAUGUGAGCCCCACCCUCAGUUUAUGGAGCCUCCGUCCUCCUCAGCUCCCUUUGAGCCUGUGCAGGUUGGGAGUCUCAGUGGUAAAAUCGAGUUGUCUCUAACUCUGAAAAACAACCUUGCUCUGUCUGGAGCAAAGCUGGAUGUCGUCGGACACAUCGAUAUGCUACUUGUCCUUCUGUCCCCACGGCAAGUUCACCUCCUCUUGGACAUGUUUGGAGCUUUCUCUGGCAGAGGUGCACAGGAUUGGAGUAAAGACCGAAAAAGUCGUCCCAUCCAGCAGGAGGAUGAGUAUCGUCUCCAUUUGGAGCUGAACCGGUGUCUGAAGAAGGACACUGCUGUUGCAGACGCUGACCUUUUUGACAGUCAGACCACCAGAACAGUGUCAAGUCGAGAUGAUGUGUUCUUCUCCAUGGCGGACAUGGACAUGUCUCACAGUUUAUCAUCCCUCCCUCCUCUGGGUGAACCACCCACCGUGGACCUGGACUUGUCACUGAACAGUAACUACUCCGCUUCUCCAGGAGAGUCUCCUUCUGCAAACACAACAGCUGUGUGGGAAGAUUACAUGGAUGUGCCGCGUCAACGAGUGAAGCAGACUAGUGAAGCUCCAGUCCAAUCCCGGGAUCACCUCCCUCAGAUGCUGUUGAGACAAACCUCUCAUCCAUCUAAAACCCACGGGGACGAGUCAAGGCCAGAGUUGGUGUUGAGGUUGUCUCUGAGCUGCUUUGCUCUUUCUGUGCUUCAUAUCGACCCACUGCCACCUCCACAUGCUGCUCCAAGCCCCUUCGGACCAAUAUCUGUACAUUUCUUUAGCUGGGAGGGCCCAGGCCAGCUUUCUCCAGAUUCCUUCCUUCAGUCUCGGACAGUGUUUGAUCAAGCAUGCCCCCACGAUCAUCUCAGGUUUGUUGGUCAGAGUCUGACGAUAAACUACAGUCACUGUCAGGGAUCCAACCUGCGGACGUUCAAGACCGACAUCUCCCUGAAUCAGAUGGAGUUUGUGGAGUGUUUGUUCCCUUCUGAAGCACCCAUUGGUAGAUCCCAGCCAGGGAUCCAGUACACAGAACUCUUGACAUUUGACGCCCCGACCGGCACUGAUGCACCACUUCCCAUCUGCCUUCACCUGCUUUACAAGCUGGCUGAGCGUAGAGGCCCUCAGGGCGGUCAGGUGCGUCUAAGCACAAUUCCAAGGAAGGCGGAUAUCCAGGUGGAGCUGGGACCGGUGCGCUCAGAGCUGGACAUCAGCAUCGUGGAUCGUCUCAACUCACUGCUGCAGCCUCAGAAGUUAGCUACCACAGAGAUGAUGGCCUCUCACAUGUACACGUCCUACAACAAACACUUCAGCUUGCACAAAGCCUUUGCAGAGGUUUUCCUGGACGACACCCACACGCCUAGUAACUGCCACAUAUCGCUGACCAUUAACGCCCCUUUGCUGGGUGUUGCCGUGCGCUUCCCCAUCCCCGACCUGCGUUCAGAUCAGGAGAGAGGUCCUUGGUUCAAGAAGUCCCUCCAGAAAGAAAUCCUCCAUCUGGAGCUGGAAAAAAUGGAAUUAAAAACCGAGUUCAUGGGUGGCAGCUCACCCGGCCAAACCAAAAUGGAGCUUACGUUUAAGGAGCUUACUGGGAAGUUCCAGGAGGAGGCAGACCAACCGGCCGCAUAUUUCCUCAGAGUGUCUCACAACAUGGAAGGAGACAUGAUGACAUCCGAAAGUGUGAAGUUCGACUGGCCGAGGGUUGUGCUGAAGAUGAAUCCCACGGCGGUCCAUUCCAUCCUGGAACGCGUGACGGCUGAGGACGACGAGGGUGCUGAGGACCACUCUCUAGAGGAGGAAGAAGAGGAAGGAGCGGCUCACUCACUGAAGGAUGUGUGUGACUUCGGGAAGCCAGAGCCGUCCCCCUUUUCUUCUCGUAGGGUUAUGUAUGAAAACGAAGAGAUGGUCAUUCCUGGUGAUGUUGCUGAGAUGACAGAAUUCCAGGAGAAAACCAUGAACACCUCUCGGUUUGUCCUUGAGCUUUGCUUCCCUAACGUGCAGCUAACGCUCCCCAGCAAAGCUUUCUAUGAAAAACUACACAACAGGAUAAACAAUGACCUGUUGCUGUGGGAGCCCACCGCUCCGUCUCCAGUGGAGACCGUAGAGAGCAUGCCUUAUGGCGUCGGACUCUCCGUGGCCAGUCAGCUGAUCAACACUUACUCCAAAGACAGUUUUAGUCAGUUUCGCUCUACUGGUCCUGAUGAGGACAGCAGUGGCUCUGAGGAGGAGAAUAUGCUCUACUACUCACCAUCUUCUGACCUGGGCUUCAGAUCCCGAAAGAAGAAAAAACCCAAAACCCACAGUAAAACUUCUCAGAGUCUUUUUUCCGUCAUCCUGAGUGUUAGUCAUGGUCUGGUGUCUCUCCAGACAAAUGCCAAGGGCGAGGAUAAAACCGUCCUCAAAAACAAAUACGGCGAGUUCUGGCUAGAGGUGAAGAAUGGUGUUCUGUUCAGCGUCGCCCAGUACGAAGGCUACAAAGAUCAGCACUACAUCUGCUUCCACACCAGCAGCGUGUGCAUGUACCAUCAAGGACUCCUAGAAAGAGGCGGCUCUGCGGCAGACAUCAGUUUGCCAUGCAGAACACAUCCACACUGGCUGGAGCCAACCGUCUACCAAUCAGAGACGUCUCCUGAGAAGUCUUCAACACCCUCAGAGGGCAUCGGUCUGGAAGCUCGCAGCAUGGUCUCAGUCGCUGUCAAAAUCUCAUCACAGAGCCCAGAGUGCAACAUCAAGGAGUUUUUGGUUGCUGUCGGAGUGAGAGGAGCCACGCUGCAGCACCGUGUCGUCCCUCCCAACCUGGGCUGGUAUGAACAGAUUGUCGACUUUCUGAAUGUUUCUGAUGAACCCGUGUUGGGUUACGCCCCUCCCAUGUCUGUCACCACUCUACAUUUACACCUGUGGAGCUGCUCGUUAGACUACAGACCCCUUUACCUGCCCCUCAGAUCGGUGGUGGUUGUUGAAACUUUCAGCAUCUCCAGCAGCGUCUCUUUAGACAAUUUGUCGUCAACGUUGAGGAUCAUUUUGGAUGAAGCUGCUCUGUUUCUCUCAGACAAGAAUAACGCUGUUUCUGUUAAUCUAGUGCGAGACUAUGUUCAGGUGGUGGAUAUGGGAACGCUGGAGCUGAGGAUUACAGCUGUCAAACCUGGAGCAGAUGGAAAGUUGUCGGAGCCCAGAUUCGAGCUGCGCUGCUCCAGUGAUGCGAUUCACAUCCGGACUUGUUCGGACUCCUGCGCCGCUCUUAUGAACCUGAUCCAGUACGUGGCUAGCUAUGGAGACCUGCUGCCCCCAGAGGAGCCAGAGGCCACACAUAAAAGCAAGACGGAGGCUUCCAGCAGACCAACAUCUCAGACUCCUCUGCUGGCUGAAACGGAGCAGCAGAUGCUGCAGGACCUGAUGAGUGAAGCUAUGGAGGAGAUGGAUGGGCAGCUGGCACCAGGACCACAACAAAACGGUUCCCACGAGGAGCCGAUUCUUGACCUAGAUCCACCUCGCUCAGACCUGUUCCUGUUCCCUGAUGAGAGUGGGAAUAUUACCCAGGAUUCAAGCCCCACCUACCCCGUGCUUCCAUCUCCCCUCAUCACACCUGCUCCUAACCUGGCCCAAGAGAUGGAUGACUUCUGUAUUCUGGAAUCUCCUGGCUCCAAAGGGGAGGACCGGGAUCAGGAGCCUGUGGUGAAACUACUUACCUCGGAUCCAGUGGAAAUCAAAGACGAUUACUUCAGUCCGCCUCUGGAAGGGAGCGAUUCCAGUCGUGGAGCUGUGAAUUUUCCCAUCCCGGAGGUUCGCUACCUCAUUAAAGAGAUUUCCAUCAUCUGGCAUCUUUAUGGAGGAAAAGACUUUGGGAGCAUAGCUUGCACAGCGUCUCCCGCCAGAAGCAGGGGAUCUACUCUUCAUAGCUCCCCAUCUCACACCCCAGUCAGGCAAGUGAAGACGCUGGGGCGGGCAGGAGGAGGAAGAGGAAGGAACCCUGAUGUUUUAAUGGAAAUUCAACUCAGCAAGGUGAGGUUUCAACACGAGGUGUACCCACACCCCACUCUGGCAUCACGUCCAACAGUGGACCAGCCAGUGUCCCGGCAGGUGUUUAUCGUACAAGACCUGGAGAUCCGGGACAGACUCGCUACCUCACAGAUGAACAAGUUUCUCUAUUUGUACUCCAGCAAGGAAAUGCCCAGAAAAGCCCACUCUAACAUGUUGACAGUUAAGGCUUUACACACGUGUCCCGAGUCAGGCCAGGCUCCUCCCGAGUGCUGCUUACGAGUCUCCCUUAUGCCUCUUCGCCUCAAUAUAGAUCAGGAUGCAUUAUUCUUCCUGAAAGACUUCUUCAGCAGUCUCGCCACUGAAGUAGAGUUUUUCUCACCGCCUGCUCAAGAUGCUGUUUGCGUUAGCACAAAGAAAGCAGCGGCUCCAGAGAUCUCCUGCAGCUUCACUAAGCACACUCCUGGCAGCCAGGAUCCAGCCCCAAUCAUUUCUCUUCCUGCUCAGAGACACACGAGCCUCAAUGGUUUCACCACAUCUGCCACAGAAGAAGUGAACGAUAGCGACGCCUCUGCUUGUCUCUUUACAGAUCAGCCAAUCUUCUUUAGGGAGUUUCGGUUUACCUCUGACGUUCCAAUUCGUCUGGAUUACCAUGGGAAACAUGUGACAAUGGACCAGGGCACAUUUGCAGGAAUCAUCUUUGGGUUGACUCAGCUGAAUUGUUCAGAAUUGAAACUGAGGCAGUUGUGCUACAGACAAGGAUUGCUGGGCAUGGAUAAGCUCUUUUCCUACGCAAUAAACGAGUGGCUAAAUGACAUAAAGACCAAUCAGCUUCAAGGACUUCUGAGUGGCGUGACGCCCAUUCACACUCUGGUAAAACUCGUUCACGGCCUCAGGGACUUGGUCUGGCUCCCUAUUGAGCAGUACAGGAAGGAUGGUCGGAUUGUUCGGGGGUUUCAACGCGGCACCGCCUCCUUUGGAACUUCCACAGCCAUGGCGGCUCUAGAGCUCACAAACAGGAUGGUCCGCACCGUUCAGGCAGCAGCUGAGACAGCCUACGACAUGGUAUCUCCAGUUCCUGAUGAGAGAGACGCAAAGAGAGUAAUACGCUACUCUCAUUAUGGUCUGGCUCAUCAGCCUGUUGACCUGAGAGAAGGUGUAGCCAAAGCCUACACUGUUGUGAAAGAGGGCAUCACAGACACAGCGCUGACCAUCUAUGACACAGCAACGCGGGAGCACGAGCAGCGUGGAAUGACAGGAGCAGUUGGUGGUGUUCUCCGCCAGCUGCCACCAGCAGUAGUCAAGCCACUCAUUAUGGCCACCGAGGCGACCUCUAACGUCUUGGGUGGGAUGAGGAACCAGAUUCACCCGGAUGCACGGCAGGAAGAGUCACAGAAAUGGAGGCAUGGGGAAGAGUAAUUCUCACUGCUGUACGGUGACAGAAACCAUGACUUUGCAGCAGCUGCAGCAAGAACUUAAAGUGGGGGGAAAAAAGAGGACAAGCAGUUCUGAUGUAAAUAAUAUUGUGUUCUUCUCAUGGCAGAUUGAGCUAACAGUGCCUUUGUGGUCAUGAGAGUUGUCCAUUGUUUGCUUUAACAAAGGAAUAUAACAGAUAAAUUACAGAGCAGCAUAUCUAAGGUGUUUUCAUUUUGAAUAGGCGUUUACAGAUCAUUUCAUCAUGGUGUCAAACACUAGUGUCAGAUGUGUAAUUACCCUUAAUUUAUUACACGUACUGUAUGUUGGACUUGUUAUUUAUUGUAAAUAUUCCACAUUUGUAAAUACAUUUCAUGCAAAAUAGGAAAACAAUAGAAAUUAAGUGGUGUCAAAGUUGGGUAAAAUGAAAUUAAUCAGCACUUUAAAGUGACUUGGAAGGUUACUUUCCCAAACAAAAGGAUGAAUAGACAUUUGUACAAAGUCUGUUUUAUUUUGAACUGUAAGGGUUUGUUGCAUUGAUUUGUUGAAAGCUGCUGUUUUGAUUGUCAUGUUUUAAUUUUUUUAUUAUGGCUUCUGUCUGCAUCUCACUUAUUCAAAAUUUGGACAAAACGUCAACUUGACAUCUCAAACAUGUACAGUAAACUAUUAAAAUUGUAUCAAAUACAUGAAAGGGAAAUAAAGGUUCAAAUGAAA